AAAAUAAAUGUAGGAGGCAUAGCCUGAUCUGCAAAGCCGGCUGCUUUGGGCUUCUACAGACAUGGCUGCAGGGUUCCUGGCUCCCCUGCCAGUGCUCACGGGGCUGUUGGUCAUCCUGUGUGUUGGACGCUGGGUUGAAGGUGGGAAGGUACUGGUGGUGCCUAUGGAUGGCAGCCACUGGCUUAGCAUGAAGAAGGCUGUGCAGAAGCUCCAUGCCAGAGGCCACCAGAUGGUGGUGGUUUCCCCAGAGUCGAAUAUGCAUAUCAAAGAAGAGGAUUUUUUCACCCUGACAAUGUAUGCCACACCUUACACCCAGGAAGAAUUUGAUCGCCUCCUGUUGGGCCAGAGUUACCUGGUUUUUGAAAGAAUGCCUUUUCUAAAAACAUUUUUGAAAACAAUGGAAUGUUUGAAAGCUGCUGCUAGGAUUUUUCAAAGAUCUUGUGAGUCGCUGAUGCAUAACAAGAACCUGAUCAGGCACUUGAAUGCCAGUUCCUUUGAUGUGGUUUUAACUGAUCCUGUUUAUCCCUGUGGAGCAAUACUGGCUAGGUACCUGUCCCUUCCCUCUGUGUUUUUUUUGCGGAACAUUCCAUGUGAUUUAGAUUCUGAGGGCACACAGUGCCCAAACCCUUCCUCAUAUAUUCCCAGAUUAUUAACAAGGAAUUCAGACCACAUGACUUUCCUGCAAAGGGUCAAGAACAUGCUCUACCCCCUGGCCCUGAAGUACAUUUGCCACUUUUCUUUCACUCCUUAUGCAAGCCUUGCCUCUGAGCUUCUUCAGCGAGAGGUAUCCCUGGAGGACAUCCUCAGCUCUGGAUCUGUGUGGCUGUUCAGAGGGGACUUUGUUCUGGACUACCCGAGGCCAAUCAUGCCCAACAUGUUCUUCAUUGGAGGCAUAAACUGUGCCAACAGGAAGCCAUUGUCUCAGGUCUGUAUUGCAUCCUAUGUAGGAUCAGUGUUACGGGUGGAACACUUAUGUUUUCUUAAAGCUUACUUCCAGGUGCUUACUUAUCUGCCAGUCUUUCUGAGAUUACUACCUCUUGUUCUUCUGUGA